UUGCACCUUCUAGACACCGAGUGCUGGGCACUCGUGUGACAGGACCUGGCAAGUGGACACUUCUGAGGCUCGGGAAAGGCAUCCUAAAACACCGAUGGCAAACUUCAAGGGCCAUGCUCUCCCUGGGAGUUUCUUUCUAAUAUUUGGGCUGUGGUGGUCAGUGAAGUACCCGCUGAAGUACUUUCACCAAAAGGGCUUGAAAAGGAACCGACUGGGCCAACAGCAACAACGUAUUGAGAUCACUGAAGGUGCAAUCAAGACUUUGUUUGCAGUCAUUGGGAUCCUGGCAGAGCAGUUUGUUCCAGAUGGGCCUCACCUGCACCUCUACCAUGAAAAUCAUUGGACGAAGCUAAUGAAUUGGCAGCAUAGCACCAUGUACCUAUUCUUUGGUGUCUCAGGAAUCAUUGACAUGCUCACCUACCUUUACUUCAACAUUGUGCCCCUUGGCCUAGACAGACUGGUUUUGGCUAUGGCGGUAUUCACUGAAGGUUUUCUCUUCUAUUUUCACGUUCACAACCGACCUCCGCUGGACCAGCACAUCCAUUCACUCCUGCUGUUUGCUUUGUUUGGAGGGAGUAUCAGUCUCUCUCUAGAGGUGAUCUUUCGAGAUAAUAUCGUGCUGGAGCUCUUCCGAACCAGUAUGCUUAUUUUUCAGGGAACCUGGUUCUGGCAGAUUGGAUUUGUCCUGUUCCCGCCAUUUGGAACACCAGAAUGGGACCAGAAAGACAUGGACAAUAUCAUGUUUAUCACCAUGUGCUUCUGCUGGCAUUAUUUGGUUGCUCUUUGCAUCACAGCCAUCAACUACUCUCUAGUUUACUGCUUUCUGGCUCGGGUGAAGAGACACGCAGAAGGAGAAAUAAUUGGGAUUCAGAAGCUGAAGUCUGAUCACACUGAUCAGUCAGCCCUUUUGAGUGGCUCAGACGAGGAGUGACAUCAGGCCUUGGGACAGUGGAGACCUCACAUCCUUUACAAUAGCUGCAAAAGAUGUAGCUUGUCCCCUCCACUUGAAGGCUUGCUUUAGUGUGCUCCUAGGGUGCCAUAUGUUGCAUUCCUCAUCUAAAACAAAGCUAGAGGCUCAAACACAGGAAAUUUGACCUCACAUAUUUUUUUAUGUACCAUGUUAUUGGAAUAUUUAAGCAUGAUUCAACUUCAAGUCUGUAUUAGAGUAAUACCAUCCAUACAGAAAAUUGAACACCUUUCGGUAGCAGGCCUGUCCUUGUAGAAGAAUUACUUUAAGAUCCUGAACACCUACAAUAGGAACUGAUCCUGUGGAUGGAGAAAGCUAUGAAUCUGACAGGACAUUUCAUGUUGCUUCUGAUAACUUGCCUGUCUUCUCUCAAUUAAGCAGGUACUUUCUUCUCAGAAAUGUAUUGGGACUUAGUUGAUAACAGAGCAGUGCCUUCAGUUCAAAGCCAAGAUUCUAACAUUUUUUUUUAAAAUAAUAAAGCAACUCAUAAUCUUUGGUA